CGAGGGUCCAGCAUGGGUGGGCCGCAGAGCCUGUUCCGCGCCCUCUGGAGGAUGCUGUCAAAGGAGGUGAAGGAGCACGUGGGCACGGACCAGUUCGGGAACAAAUACUACUGUAUCCCGCAGUACACGAACUGGAGAGGACAAACUAUUCGAGAGAAAAGGAUUAUAGAAGCAGCAAAGAGAAAUGAAAUUGAAUAUGAAGUGGGUGAUAUCCCAACAGAAUGGGAAGCUUGGAUUAGAAGAAAAAGAAAUACCCCACCCACCAUGGAGGAAAUACUACAGAAUGAAAAGUACAGAGAAGAAAUGAAGAUGAAAAGCAAAGAUUUUUAUGAAAAAGAAAAGCUCCCUAGUAAAGAGACCAGCGAAGAACUCUUGCCUCCACCAGUUCAGAUUCAAAUUAAAGGGCAUGCCUCUGCUCCACACUUUGGAAAGGAGGAGCCCUCAGCGACACCCACCAGCACUGGGAAAGCCUUCCAGCCCGGGUCCUGGAUGCCGCAAGAGGGCAAGAGCCACAAUCCAUGAAUUGUAUUAUGGUAAAAAUCAUUUCACUUGCACAGAUAUAACUAUUUUAACAAAUAAAAUAAGUUUAAAAGU